CUCAGACAUACGUACGUAUCCCUUAUCUCUUUUUUAACCCUUAUUUGGUUCAUCGCUAUCUUCUUCGCGUAAUUUCUCCUACGGCCGCCAACCUGCGCCUUUCAUCUGCGGACAAUCCAUCUCUCUCACCGCCGCCAGCCUGUGCUUUUCACCUCCAUCUCCAGCUCUCAACCCUCACCUUCUCCAUAUCUAUCGAUUAAUAUGGAUCUUGAGGCGCAAGUUCUAAUCCUAAUGCUUGUGUAUUAUUAUAUGAGGCGAAGAAGUUCUACUCUAAGAAUGCGAAGACUACGAGAUAACAAUUCUGCAUUAAGUGGACAUGCUUACACACAAGAGUUAUUAGAGGGUUCUAAUACACAAUGUGUGGAAUUAAUGCGGGUCUCUCAUGUUGGAUAUGUACUAUUAUGCAACCAUUUUAGACAAAGAAAUUGGUUGAGUGAUAGUAAACAUAUAAGUGUUGAGGAAAAGAUGGCAAUAUUUUUGACAACAGUCGGAAAUAAUCAGAGAUUUAGAGUAAAUAAACGAAGAUUCCAACACUCCACACGAACCAUUCACAUAUGCUUUCAUGAAGUUCUGCAAGGAAUGAUGGAAUUUGC